UCCCCCACAUCUUCCUGAAUGACUGAUGAUGAUGGCAUAAUGUCGGGGCACUGGAAUGCCUCUGAGAACUACCCGCUCAACGACAAUGCCAGUGUCAUUGUGCCCAUUGUCUUCUCUUUGAUCUUCCUGCUCGGGACUAUCGGCAACAGCUUGGUCCUCGCCGUGCUGUUCAGGAAUGGCCAGAUGGGACACAACACGACCAACCUCUUCAUUCUCAACCUGAGCGUGGCCGAUUUUUUCUUCAUCAUAUUUUGCGUCCCAUUUCAAGCCACGAUCUACACCCUGGAAGGCUGGGUCUUUGGCUCUUUCAUGUGCAAGGCUGUCCACUUCUUCAUCUACCUGGCAAUGUACGCAAGCAGCUUCACAUUAGCCGCCGUUUCAGUGGACAGAUACCUGGCUAUCCGAUACCCCCUCCGGUCACGGGAACUGCGCACUCCCUGCAACGCCAUUACCGUCAUGGUGGUCAUAUGGGGUCUUUCCAUCGUCUUUGCUGGCCCCUACCUGAGCUACUAUGACCUUAUCCCUUACGAAUGGUUCUACAUCUGCAUGCCGGCAUGGCAGGAGCCAAAGAGAAAGAUCAUGGACACGUCCACAUUCAUAUUUGGAUAUAUCGUCCCCGUGGCCAUCAUAGGCCUGUCUUAUGCCAGGACCAUCAAGUUCCUCUGGACUGCUGUAGACCCAAUAGAAUAUAUAUCUGAGUCCAAGAAGGCCAAGAGGAAGGUGACCAAGAUGGUCAUCAUAGUGACCGUGCUGUUCUGUCUCUGCUGGCUCCCUCAUCACGUCCUGAUCCUGUGCUUCCACUACGGACACUUCCCCUUCAACCAGGCCACCUACGCCUUCAGGCUCCUGUCUCACUGCAUGGCCUACGUCAACUCCUGCCUCAACCCCAUCGUCUACGCCCUGGUUUCCAAGCACUUCCGCAAAGGCUUCAAGAAGGUGUUCACCUGCCUGCUGAGCAAGAAGGGCACGAAUAAGGUUCACAUGGUCCACGUGCUCAGCGGAUCCACGGAUGUCUCGCACCUGAACGACGAGAACGCUCGGCAGCACGGCUGUGAGCUGAGGGACCGGCAGCCCUCCAGGGCCCAGGGAAGAGCCAUGACCAUCACCAUGCCCUGUCGCCAGCCCUCCUGAAAACAGAACAGCAGCCAUUCAACGACUCAUCCUUCGGCCCACCGAGU